CGACUGGCACGUUUUGACGCACGUCCUCCUUUUUUAAAUCAAAGGCGUCAGAUGGUCGCGCCGCCUCGUCGAAAGCAACUUCGGGACGGCAUUCGACGGAACAAGUAGCUUGCUCUUCAACUUCGGUCUGCGAGCAGCGAACCACUCAAAAUGGAGGUCAAGAAAAAGAAGUUGAUGGACAACCUUCGCAUGAAAACAAAGCUGGUCAAUCUGAUGAAGCCGGGUAAGAAGGCAGCAGAGAAGCAAAAGAAAAAAGUCGGCGUCAGACGCAGCAUAUCUGUACCGGACCUCAGUGUCAAGCCGGACAAAGGUCUUCUUCCGAAGACCGCCUUGCCCAAAUCGUCCGAUUCUACGUUUUUUGGAUUGAGCGAUAGCGAUUCUGUUGCGAGCGGCUCUGUUGCGAGCGGCUCUGUUGCGAGCGGCUCCAUCCCAGACGGCUCCACUUCAUUUGACAAGCACAUUAGCGUCCGGUUUCCCGCAGACGCAAGCUCCAACAGAGCUACUUCCCCAAUUAACUCGCCAAAUCUCAAUGAGGGAGUUCACAACGUGCAGACUCCAAGCGCGGAGAAAAGAGCGAACACGCCCGCUGAAUCGCAAGCCAAGAGGAAAGGGCCUUUGUUUAAUUUCGACUCUUGUCCAGUCCCACGAUCCGUCUUUACCAAAGCCGGUUCACCAAUGCCCAAUUCCGCUAUGAGCUCUGAACAAUCUUGGCUGUCCGAGGACAUCUCAGCCGACAGAGCGCUGAUCUCCGAAGCGCUGGCCAGAGCGAACUCAAUGGGAGAACAAGCAAACGUCAACGCUCAUUCAAAGGCGACGUAUUUCAAGCAGGACAGGCCGCCGUCUGGAAAAGGCGGCCCAUCAGAACAGCGGGAAAAGACGCUCGCCAUGUUGGAUUCUCUUGGUAAACCUCUGGGGAGCGGAGACUGUGGCAGCGAGUACUGUUGGUCCGGCGAGGACCAGUUGGCCAUGCCGUGGUUGACGGCCAUGGAGGGACUGGACACGGAUGUUGCGCUUUCCUCCGUUCCAAACGAGAACAGCAUUGAGGAAUUUUCACUGGAAGGAGGCACUCAGGACGAAAUUGAGAUGUCCUGUGAACCAUGUGAAUUCUUUGAAGAAACUCUUGCCGACCCCCUGGAAAACUCAUUUUCAUCAUCAGGGUUGGACGUCCAAGUCCCGGCCCCCCUCCAGAAAUACCUGCUUUGCAUCAGCUUGAAACGUGGCCAAAACCUGGGCAUCCGAGACAGACGCGGUACGAGCGACCCGUACGUGAAGUUCAAAUUGGAAGGAAAGCAGUUCUACAAGAGCAAAGUGGUUUAUAAGAACUUGAAUCCCAGGUGGAAUGAGUUCUUCUCCUAUCCCCUGCGGGACAGAGAGCAAAUUGUGGAUGUCCGGGUCUAUGAUAAAAAUCUGACUACCGAUGACUUCAUGGGUUCGAGCACCAUUCCGCUGAGGAAUUUCGAACUUUACAAGACUUACGAAUUGGAGUUGCCCCUCACUGAUCCUAAAAGCAAAGAAGACGACAUGGGAGUCAUCUCCGUGGACGUGUGCCUCAUGUUUCGGGACGCCACCAUCAAACGAAACUGGAGGUGGCCAGCCAAAAAGACUAAGAAGGCUAUUCAGUACCAGAGCCCGGCUGAGAUGCAGAGGAGUCAGUCCAAGAGCCGCUUGUGGACGGGGGCUCUGGCCAUCACCCUGGUGGAGGGCCAAGAUCUGCCGCAGUGUGGACAGGGCGACGUCUAUGUCCGCUUUCGUCUGGGCGAUCAAAAAUACAAGAGCAAGAACCUCUGCAUUCAAGCCAAUCCCCAGUGGAGAGAGCGGUUUGACUUCAAUCAGUUUGCAGAUAACCAGGAACCUCUGCAGGUGCAGGUGCAUUUAAAGAGAGGCAGGAAGGGUGAGGAAUCGUGGGGAAUGUUUGAGGUUGACCUAUCCAACCUUGUGUUUAAUGAGAGGCAGCUCUACACUCAAAUGCUGGAUCCGGGAAAGGGCAGGCUGGUCUUUUUGGUGACCCUGCUACCCUGCUGGGGAGUCUCGGUCUCCGACAUCGAGAACGCUCCUUUGGAGAAGCCGGAUGAGAGAGACGCUGCGGUGGAGAAAUUUAGCCUUCGUAACUCAUAUAAAUCCACGGGAGAAAUCGGUUUCCUCCAAGUCAAGGUUUUAAAAGCAAAUGAGCUUCCCGCCACGGACAUCAAUGGGAAAAGCAACCCCUAUUGUGUGAUUGCGCUCGGAAAUGGCAAACUUCAAACUCACACCAUCUACAAGAGCGUCAAUCCAGAGUGGAACAAAGCAAUCACAUUCCCCGUUAAGGACAUUCAUGAUGUGGUGGAGCUGACCAUCCUGGAUGAAAAUGGAGACAAAGCACCAGGCUUUUUGGGCAAAGUGGCUAUUCCAUUACUGACUGUUCAAAACGAGCAGCAGAUUUGUCUCUACUUAAAGAAAGAGGACUUGAGCGGCCCAGCCAAAGGAACCAUCACACUUGUCCUAGAGGUUAUAUUUAAUAAAGUUCGAGCUGGUAUUCGAAGUUUCCAACCAAAGGAAGAAAAAUUCACAGAGGAAAACGUAAAGUUCUCGAAAAAGGUUCUCGCUCACAAUAUCUAUCGGGUUCGGAAAAUCAGCACAGCGGUUCUGUACACAUUGCGGUACAUUAAAAGCUGCUUUCAAUGGGAGAGCACCCAACGGAGCCUCAUCGCCUUUCUGAUCUUCCUGGUGACAGUAUGGCACUGGGAACUCUUCAUGCUUCCCCUCUUCCUGCUCCUGCUCAUCAGCUGGAACUACCUUCAUCUCUGUGGAAGAAACAGCAGUUCCAACCAGGACCUGGUGAACAUGAGCAUGGGUGAGGAUGAAGAGGACGACGAGAAGGAACCCGGAAAAAAAGGUUUGAUGGACAAGAUACACAUGGUGCAAGAAGUUGUCUUGACCGUCCAGAACAUUUUGGAAGAGCUUGCAAACAUCGGGGAGCGUACAAAGAACUUAUUCAACUGGUCGGUUCCGUUCAUGUCGUGUCUGGCCUGCCUGGUCCUCUUUGUAGCCACCUUGCUAUUAUAUUUUAUCCCACUGCGCUACAUUGUGCUCAUAUGGGGCGUGAACAAAUUUACCAAGAAGCUGCGCAACCCGUACACCAUCGACAAUAAUGAGCUGCUGGAUUUCCUCAAGAGGAUGCCGUCAGAUGUUCAGAAGGUGCACUAUAGCGCACUGAGAGCGCCCACCGGCCACAACCUGCCACGCAAGAAGAAGUAAGAGAGCAGGGGUCCGACCCAGUCCGCCUGACAAACAACGCGCCGGUGCCACCCGAGCUCCACCGUUGCACCCCGACUCGGCAAACCCUCGCCCCCUCACGUUGCCCUCUGACUCGUGUGUUUGCCUCCCUGGCUGACAGCGGGAGGAGGAAAAGGAUGAGGCCAGCUCACGGCCCCGUCCAUCACCAGCCGAGAGGUAAAAAAAAAAAAGAAAGAAAGAGAAAAGCUGUGCCUUCAUCUUUGGAUGUAAUUUGGAGGAGGAAUGAGGCUUACCUUAAAUAUCCUUUCGUAUUUUUUUUCGGGGGUGUUAAGAUCUUCGCCCCAAGUCAAAGUUAAUGCCGGACUUAACAUUUUAUGGAAAACAAACGAUGGCAAUAUAUUCCACUUGAUCCGCGCAUUAAUAUCAUUAAAAGCCAAAAAGCAUCAGAAUUAUGGGGUGGGGAGGGUGGAGCCAUGUUUUUGCACUGCUGUCCUUUUUUGGUAAGGAUGCCGUAUCAAUGCUGUCAGUUUAUUUCAUCUCUACAGCGAACUUUUCAUACCGUGCUAUGUUAUUUAAAAGGAAUAAAAUGUCCUCAAAAAAAUCUCCAUCAGUCUGUCAAGAAUUUCAGUGAUUCCCAAUCAAUGUCCUGUAGGAGAUCAUCUGGCGUGGCUUGAGAAAUGAUCCAAUGGAGCUAAAUUUGGUCCGAAAAUGUAUUUAUUUCCUACAGAUGUUGUACCUUGUGUAUAUAUAUCGUAUUCAUCUAUCUAUGCCAGCGACGUGUAAUGACAGGCGCAACAAUUGAAUGCUCUUCCGCUAAAUUCGAUUAAUGUGUGUGCCCACCUGUUCACAUGCAGACAUGAACUAUUUUGGAAUAAUUUCAGAAGAGAUUAUUUCAGUA